AUGCCCCCAAUUCUGGUUUGGAAUAAAUGUAUUCGAGUAACAAGUCAAGGAAUUGGUUAUCCAGAUUAUCCAGUGAUCAAUUCAACCAUUAAAUGUCCGUUCAAGUGUACUUUUACUACCGAUAGAAAAUUGUAUACAAACGCAUCAACAACGAUUUUCUUGCUCCAUACAUUCUGUGCCAUAAAUUCAUGGCCUAAAAAUCGUCGAGAAGAUCAAAAUUAUAUGAUGUUUACAGUUGAAUCUCCAAUACAAACCACCUUAAAAUAUUAUGACAGAAAAUUUCUAACAGACAAAUUUUUUAAUAGUACAGCAACUUAUCGUUUAGAUAGUUCCGUAUUUAUGCCUUAUGAUGUUUUAACCAGAAUUACUCCAACUACUCCAAAAGAAUAUAUUUGGGAUCAAAAAGAGGUAACUAAAAUACAAACGGUGCAGAAAAAUUAUGAUGGUGUAUCAUUAGAGGGAAUCGCCUAG